AUGGUCCUCGUCAAAACCCCCCUCGACUUCAUCGAGCGUUCGGUCCAGCUGUUACAGGCACAUCCAGCUACCACAAGAAUAACAACAACCUACAACAUCUCACCAGCCCCGACAACCCCCUCCCGCCGUCCAAAACCCACAUCAUCUAAAUCCACCACCACCACCGCCACACAAACAGAAGAAAAACCAAAACUCCCCCGCGGGACAUUAACUCUGAAAACUUACGACCCAAUCUCCGGCUCCCUUAUAAAACUCCGUACCGACAAAAUCGCAGAUGUUGGAAGAAUUGUUACGGGUUUACAUAGGCUGGCUAGGUCUAUGGCUGGGUUGAAAGAUUUGGGAAGCGGUGAAGUCACUGCUGCUGCUGCUACGGCUGGAGGUACGGCAGAAACGGCAGGUCCGAGUGUGACUAAAGAUGCGGUUGCGGGUGCAGUUGCAGCGACCGAGGGUGGAGAGGCUGCGGCUGGAGGGUCGAAAGGUGGAAAGAAGAAGAAUAAGAAGAAGAAAUGA